UGGCCGACUCACGUAACGUCAAAACUUAUUGGGCGAGUGUCUUCGAAAACGUGUGAUUUUUAUCGAAAACGAAGCGAAAUUUAUAUAUCCAGUGUAUGUGACGUGAUUGAGUGCUUGUGUUUUUGUGUAAUUUCAUAAUAUCAAGAUAUUUGUUACACGGUGGACGACGGAACCUACCAAUUGUACACUCGGGUCUGAUGCACAAUGUGAGGGUGGUGGCAUGUGGGGCGCGCAGGCGGGGUGGUGGUGCGGCGCGCUGGCGGCCGCGCUGCUGGCGCUGCUCGCGCUCUGCCGCCGCGCCAAGCGAGCGCCCUCGCCCGUGCCCCAAACGACAGUCACCCAGGUGCACAUAGUGUGUAAUGGUGCGGCACGCGUGACACGUGCUGGGACUCCGCCGGAACCCACACGCGCUCGCGUCGCGCUGGCCGCUGCGCCCGCGCCUGAACCCCCCGUCAACUCCCAACGACCCCCACGCGAUUCACAGCAACCCCCUCACAUACUUAUCGUACAAAACUGCACACAAAAUACUAUUCCUCAGCAAUCUGACUCACCCCAACCCUCGAGCUCUCAAGGUCCUCGGCAACCACCAUUAGAAUAUCGUGGAAUACCGAAGUUACCUUUGCCGGAGCAGUGGCUUCAUAAACGCCCCUUCGAUUACAAGUAUUCGGCAAUUGCGAGACCAUUUGCCCAUAUAGUGAACUCGGAUCUCAUGGUCGAUCAGCAGAGGGAAUCGCGGGCGAAGAAGUACAGCGCCACAAGAUCUCCGUCGUUGGAAAAAGACGAGAAAUCACCCUUUGUGAGUAGUGCGAAAUCAGAAGACACGGAAGUUUUUGGAUUUGACAGCGAAUCCGUGCGUAAGUUGAGCGAAGACAGCGAUAAAUCUAGGGAAAUGGGAGAACGACCGCCCUCUUCGCCGCACGAGAGCAAGAAAGAGCUGUCUCCGACAAAUUUGCGUAGAUUUCGAUCAGUGAGCACGAGGCUCAAUAUGUGUAGUGUUAAUGAGAGCCCUCUGCCAGAGGGCCAACAGGAGAGGUUAGAAAUGCAAAGUUCUCCUCGUAUACUCGAGUGUAGUUCAGCUAAGGAGAAGACCUCAGGAACUAAAUUCGAUUUUUCUCCGAAAAUUUUAGCUGAUACCAUUGCCUCUCCGCGUUUUUUCACACCACCCGAAAUGGUAUCGCCUUUAUUUUUCGCGGAACCCUCCCCAAAGUCUGUUUAUUAUGAUAGUGUGAGGUCACCGAAAUUCUUCCCCGAAACGCCUCGCGAUGCAGAAGUUCCUCAGUCGCAACGUGCGUUAGGUGACCACAGAAACCGUACAAAUGGUAUAGAAAAACCCAGCUCGCCUAGAGUUUUAAGCGCUCGACCUAGCCCUAAGGUUCAUAGUUAUAAUAAAGAAAAUUACUUCACAUUCGAACACGUCACUGCAACAGAAGAGAAUGCAGCGAGAGUGUCACCAAGACCGAAACGGUAUGGAGGAAGGAAUUCUAUAGAAAGAGAAAGAUUUACACCACCAGCUGAUAAGGCUGACGUUAAAAAGUACAGAAGGCACAAUAGUUGUGACACGAACUAUAGAAGCGUAGAGGUGAAUAUUUCCAAAUGCGACGAUAUCAAGGAAACGGCUGAUGCUGGAACUAAAAUGGAAGCAACAGACAGAGAUGUAGUAGAUUGCUGUGCCAAAAUAGAAUCUUUGCAAGUUGAUACAACGGCUAGUGAGAAACACGAACUAACUCCGAUUUCGAAUUCAGCGCAAGUGAGACGACAGAGAUUAAAAUCGAUAUCUCUAGAUUCCGAUAAUGCAAAAAUAAUCGAACAGAAUUUAGGUUUACCAAUAGCCAAACAGAUGAAAGAUCAGAUGAACGAAGCGUACAAAAAUCAAGAAGGGAGUGCGUCCUGCGAAAGUAUAGAGCGGUAUCAGAAGUCGCCUUCGAAAGAACGACCAGUAUUUAAGUUUGAUGUCGAACAGAAAGAAAAAGUCGAAAGUGACCCGAAAUCACCUGAUCGCAAGCAGAAGAAAUGUCUCCGUCAAAGUUGUGACACUCAAUCUUUCUUAGAUAUGCCCAGGUUUUCGCCCAAGGAAUUCGAAAUAACCGUAACAUCCGAGGAAGGUGCAACGACAUCCGCUGAAACACAAACGAAACGAAAAGGCAAGAAUUUGCGAAACUUAACAAUCGAUUUGUCGAAACGCGAUAGCGAUCUGGAAAAGGAGCUGUUGGAAUUCGAGAAGCUCUACACAAAUGCUGAAGAGAAGAAGGUAAAAACGCCAACAUUAAAAGUCAAAGCGACAUCACUGGAUUCUUCUGAAACCGUUAAUCUUUCUCUACCUCAGAAGAAGACUUUGGAAGUUCCUCAAAAUUCUAUUUCAGUUCCCAAUACUCCUAAACGUCAGUUGAAACGUAUACUUGCUCAAAAGAACGUAAAACACGAUUUGUCUGGUGGUAAAGUAGGAUACAACUCCAUACAAUCCAACGCCGACCAGCGCAGGUUGUUUAUGAAGGGGCAGGAUAGUGGUAUAUUUCUAAGGGAAAACCAUGCGAGCCUCAUGCUAUAUCAACCUGGUACAUCUAGAAUGGGCUCCCGCACAAUGGGUUCGUUUGACGAGAAUAUGACAGAUAAUGCCCCAGAAAUAAAUGUGUCAACCGUUGAUAAUAGACCUGGAUUCCACUUGGAUUCGGGCCAAACUCUAGGUUCUAACUUAUUAAAUUAUAAACAAAAUUUAAGCGUAUCAAGUACAAAUUUGAAAACCCUUCCCGAGGGUGUACCGUCUGAUGAUUUCGAACCAAGUGCGGAAGACGAGAAAUUAGUUAAGAAAUUACAUAGACGCAAUUCUAAUCAAAGUUUAAUGCUAAGUACACACAGUCUUCAGGGCUCGAAUUGUUCUCUAAGUAGCGCGGGAGCUUCGUGUCAUAAUUUAGCGACAGUCAGAACGAGUAUAUCGAAUUUUAGUUUAAAUAACGACAGUAGACAAAAGAAGUUUUCUCUGGAAAGGCGAGAUUCGAGCGCCUCCAUCAACCCUAGUGAACAUUUGACGCCAACCACGAGAGUGAUAUGUUCGUCAAAUACGAAUUUAUCUGGCGAAGUUUCUAAAAAUUGUCUGUUACAACGUCGAGGCUCAAACAAUAGUCUUACCUUAAAUAUAUUAUCUUCAAACAACCUUAGUCGACAUUCGAGUAACAGUUCUCUGAACAAGGAAGCUAAACUUGGCCAAAAAAAGGGUUUAUUGGAGAGGAGAAGCUCUAAUACGUCUCUUACCCUGAAUAUUAACACUUCGAAUCCUCAACUAUCAACUAACCGUGGUUUAAGCAUAUCAAAUUAUAAUCUUAACGGCUCUACGUGUAAUCUAAGCCGCUAUAACAGCAACCAUAGUAUUGAUAAUGCUGAACCAAGAAAGGGAAUCUUGGAAAGAAGAAGUUCAAAUACCUCCCUAACUCUCAACAUCCAACCUCAAGAGCCCAGAGAUUUGGAAAUAGACGAGACAUUAAUAGACGCAAAUCUUAAAGAGUUACCGCACAGGGACAAACACAGGAAGUCGUUGAGUACAGAAAAUUUAAUACCGAAAUCUUAUAAAAAUAGAACAAGGUUCCGGUCAACGGAAAAGGGUUUUGGAUCACACGACAAUUUGUGGUCGGCGUCAUAUGGUGACCAAGAAUAUCCCCAGAACCUUACCUACGUUUGUGGUGAUCAAGAAAAUGAGAUUAUAUACGCAUUCGGUCGCCAAGAGGACCCAAACUUUCAACCCGGUUUCGUCCGAAAUAUUACAACGAAACCCCUGAGCCCUCAAAGUACGUCCGAAGAUUUCAGACUCUAUUUAGCCAAUAUGCAACACUUGCAGAACGCUUCGAGUGUUCUGACGAGACAACAGUUAAAAGACCUGAACGAUGUCUUCCAAAAUGGGUAUUCCAAAUUUAAAUGCUUGAGCAAAAAUGAUGGCCAGCACUGUUGUUCAGGUCGCGUGGAUAUCGAUCUAGUGUCUGAGAAUCCACAGAUGGCUCUGCCGGAGACGGUGGCAUCGCAACCAUGUUCUGAAUACCAGAAAAUGUUAUUGCGAAACUUACACCAAGAGUUUUGGGAUAUGCCGACGAAUUUUCAGGAGAAGCCAAUAGUGUCAGGGUCCCAUACGAAGAAUAGGUAUAAGACGAUCCUACCUAACGAACAUUCUAGAUUCAUUCUUCGAGCGGACGGUGAUAACAGCGAGGGAUAUAUAAAUGCCAAUUAUAUAAAGGGGCAUGAAUACACCAAGAACAGCUACAUAGCGACUCAAGGGCCGCUUCCGAACACAUUAUACGAUUUCUGGUUAAUGGUUCGGCAGAACAACGCCGAAUUCCUCUCCCAACGACCUCCUGGUACCACCACCGAAUACGUUCAGAAGAUAGUCAUGCUAACAAACUUCAUAGAGAACAACAGACAGAAAUGUGAAAAAUAUUUCCCGUUGGAGAUCGAUGAAGAAGUAACAAUAUCGAGUCCAGAUUGCUCGGAAGUCUGCUUCUUCUUCGAUGAUGAUAUGCCGAAGAACACAUUUAAAAUCAGGAAUAUUGGAAAGAUAAAAAAAUCUGGUUACACGAUAAGGAAAUUGGAUAUGACAUACGUGAAUUCAAGUGGUGUUAGUGAUGCUAGUGUCACAGUGUACCAUUAUUGGUUCCACAAUUGGGCAGAUCAUAAGUGUCCGAAGGAUGUAAACGCUUUGUUAAAUUUGAGUUUGGAUAUUUUAAGAGAAGAGUGUUACGAUUUCAGUGAGUGUAAAGACGAGAAAGACGAACAGUGUAAAUGCAGUGAUAGUCCUAAGCCCGGUUCUAAGUUCGUGUUCCCUCCGUUGGAGUCGCAAAGCAUAGCGUGUCCUGUCAAAGUUUGUGUGACGUCACCUUUGAACUUUACUGUUGAAAAUCAUUCACCACCAACGAUAAUUCACUGUUCUGCGGGUAUUGGCAGGACAGGGUGUUUGAUUGCUAUCCUUAAUGGUAUAAAGCAGUUGACAAACGAACAGAAAGUAGAUGUAUUGAGUAUAGUUUGUAAUAUGCGUUUGAAUAGAGGUGGGAUGGUACAAAACUCGGAGCAGUAUGAACUAAUACAUAAAGUAUUGUGUUUGUUCGAACACGCUUGCUUGCCCGAUUUAUAGCUAAAGCGGUAACUAACCAGUCUUGUGAUUAAUUAUGUAUUUUUUGUUUAGAUAUUUUUCCAAAAAUUAGUUUUAGUGUAAAUUUUGUUCGAGUACUUUUUAAAUUUUUUCUACUAAAAUUUUAUUAGUGACAAUCUUUCAUUGCCCUCUAAACAGUUUUCUUAAUAAUGCUUAAUUUUUAACUGUCCGAAUUAGUGUACCAGUCUAGAAGAUCCUUAACUUCCGUAUUUUAUACUAAAUUAUUUUGGUCAAUGAAACUGUGUUUACAAUAGUAGAAUAAUUGGUAAAAUAAUUCGACUCAGUGCCCUUUUAAUUAAAUCUCUUUAUCUUAUCUUAUCUUUAAAUAUGUAUAAAUAUAUAUUUUUAUUUUAUAAUUACUUAAUUUGUCGCAUGAUGCUCUAUUCUUCUCUUCAAUAUUUAAAUUGUCCCAGUAAAAGAUAAAAAAACAUAUAUUUUAAAUCUAGAAAGGCAAUAGAUAUGUCUAUUAUAUAAAUAAUCAUUUUAUUUACUUAUUUAUAGUAGGUACAUAAGUAAAAAUAACUCAAGUGUACCUAAUUGCUCAUCUUUGCUCAAAAAUAUAACAGAUUUUUAAUCUGGUUGUGGGAUAAGUUGUCGUCACAAUUAAACAAAUUUGCUUGCAAAAUAAAUUACAAUAAAUUUGUGAGACAUGUAAUUUUAAUAGAUGUUCCCAAGACAUUGCAAUCAGGGUUUAACUUUAUUCCUUAAAAUUAGAAAAUGAAAUUUGCAAUAAAAAAAAGUAUAUUUACACUUUACUUUAUCAUAAAAUCCUUGGAAUAAUAAAUUAUAGUAUGUAUUGUUAUGGUUCGCAGUCGGCUACGCUACUACCACCAAAACGAAUUUUCUGCUAUUGUAAACAUUAUCGGUAUAGUUUUCACGGACCGUAUUAUAAAAUCACUUGAUUUUUAUCUAAAGACAUAACGCACAUUUUGUUUUAAAAUUAAUUUAUUCUAGGUUAUAUAAGGUAGCGAAUUCUGACAAAUUUAUAAUAUAUUUGUAUUGUAAUUUUAUAUAAUGGGUCACCGGAAAGUAUUUAAUUUUGGAAUGUAAAGUAAAAGUCCUGACAUUUCAUGAUUAAUAUGGUGUCAGUACUGUAAUAUGUAAAUGCUAUUAGUUUUCAAUCAUCUGAUCUAUAUAUAUUCAUAUAUAUAUCAGAUAGAUAUUCAGACAUGUUCUUAUGCUGCCUAUGAAUAAUUAGGAAGAACUUUCCGUGUGACCCUAUAUUUAAAAUAUGCCCUCUUCCAUAAAUAAACGAGGACUUUCUUCAGAAAAAGUAUAAUUGCUAUGGUCUUGAUUUACUCAUAAUUGAACCCAGUUUACAUAAGCACUGUGUCGAUAUAUUUUUUCAAAUAUGUGCAAAGUUAUUACUAAUUUACUAAAUACUACUACUAAUAUUUGUUUUCAAUGAUAUUUAACAUUCAUAAUAUCAAAUGGGAAGCCUAUGUUAUUCACAACGACAAAAGGAUCUAACAGAUGCAAGAUUAGCAAAGACAAUUGCGGCAUUUAUAAAAACAACAGUAUAUUAUGGAUACUUCCUAACACCAAUGUAAACCCCAGCAGAUAUUAUACUUACCGUAUUUAAGAUCCAGUUAUUUAUACAAAUUAAAAGUUAGUUUAGAAGAGUUUCUGGUAAAAUUGUACAACACAUACUCCCUUGUGAUAGUUAAAACGAUGAAGAAAGUCCUGUUUAAAUAAUUUUGUAUAAACUUUUAUAUAAAUAUAUCAUCAUAUUUAAUAUAAUAGUGAAAAAUAUAUAUUUUUUUCUUUUAAAGAGAAAUUAUCAAGCGCAUGCGUUCAAGCAUGAAAGUAACGUGUACAUUGAGAAUUAUUGCGCAGAAUUAUUAUAAGGAUUCAUAAAUAUAUUAUUGUGCUAUGGCAACACUGAUCAAAAAUUGUUGUUUAUAUAUUUUCGUUGGUCGAGUAUACGGAUUCCUUUAUCACACAGAUAACGCAUAAAUAACACCUAUACAACUUAAUUAUUAUUUCUAAUAAUAUUUUUAAGUUAUUUUAUAUUGACAUUGAAUAGGCUAAACCGAGAUGUUUGUGUAUGAAAAUGUUGCCAAUAUUACAUUUGAGAUUGUUUAUUUUCGGGCUCUAAGUUUAAAAAUUUUAUUUUCAAAUUGACAUAACGUUCAGUGCUGCCAUGCUUAAAAAUCAUAAAAUAUUUUAUCGUUCAUAAAAACGUUCUAAGUUUGAAAUUUUAAAUAUAUUAAGUAAAUGCAAAAUUUUAUAUGUUUUAUAUAUAAGGAGACCCAUGUAUAUGUCAUAGUAAGUGACUUUGUGCUAUAUUUAUUUUAUUAGUUAGUUAAUAAAAAGGAAUUAUUUAUUUCUAUUAUCAAAGAUAUGUAGUUUUUAAGAUUUUAGUCAUUUAAAUAUUAUUGAAUUAAAAAUGUUAAUAUGUGUGUCAGUAUAUUAAUAUUCGUUUUUUUUAAUUUUUAAAUAUUUUACGGCAAGCUUUGCAAGGAAAAAUAUACUGUAUAGUACAA